CAAGACUCCUCUUUUCCCACCGCUCCAUCUUUUCUCGUCAAACGCGUGCGUACCUUAUCGCGAUGCCAGUCGUAAGACGAAUACCCGAUAACAAAAGACGGUCCCGCACAGGCUGUAUACCCUGUCGAAGACGGCGCAGAAAAUGUUAGUCAGUCGCGUCUCUCCCGGUGACUUUGUCUAACAUUUGGAUGCAAGGUGAUGAACAAAGACCUCAAUGCGGCAGCUGUAUCGGGAGGAAUGUGACGUGCGAGUUCAAAGAGUGGACCUUUGUGCCAGGGGUACGCUCAUCACUGCGGAAAGAUGGUAGCGUACAGGGGGAUAAUGGCGAUGACGCUGAUUCAUCUCUGCCCAUCCAAGAUAGUUUGCUAUCAUUCGUCGAGUCAAGCCCUGCUCCAGCCGAGCCAGUCUUUGAGAGCCCUAUAGCCAGUACUGCUCGAAUAGAAAGAUUUGAAUCUAUUCACAACACGACAACAGAUGUUCCUCAACCAAUCCCUUCAAACAAUAAUCAUCGCCAACACGACGGGAACCAAAUCCCCACGCCGUCAAGAUGGAACGAAACAGUUCUGUCGGAGCAGAACUCCUCAGAGAGACAAACAGCAAUGCUUCGGUUUCGCUAUCAGAUAGUUCCCUGGCUAGACUCGAAUGCACCAAGAUCAACCUUUGGACCAAAGAUCAUGACAUUAGCGACAGAGAAGUCUACCAUAAUGGACAUCAUUAUAUGGGUUGCUAUGCGUCGGAGUAGGAAGAGUUCGAACUCUGCCAGUCAUGAAAGCGAUAGUCAUCUCGUUCAACAGUUCCAGCAUCGUUUAUCCCUAGAGGAUGCUUUCAUCGCUGAUGUCGGACGAUCACUACUUGCUCUCGGUAACUUCUUUUAUACUGGCCCAUCUGACUGGGCAAAUCUGUACUCUGACUGCGUGGAUGUCAAAGAGCGAUGCCAGUUCUUUGAGAGUCAGGAGGAACCGCUCAAAACUCUUGACCGCUUUCACUUCAAGACAGAGCUUGCUGCUUCCAUUAUUACCACCAAGUCCCUAUCACUACAGUCCCUACCACUUAUGAACGACACAUUCUUAACCUCUGCCCUGACACCGCCGAGCAUUUACGACGACUGUCUAACACAUCUCGCGGCAUGCUGCCACUUAAUCCACGACGAAAUCAUCCCUCUCUUCAACGGGAUCGUACCCGCACAAUCACCAACUCACGAAUCAUACUCGCUUGUUUGGUCAACAUGGUCCAAGCUUUGGGCAAGAUGCGUCCAAUGGUUUCGUGACCGUCCUCCCGAUAUGAUCCCCUUGCUAGAAAGUCCCGAAGUUGACCACGCAACCUCCACCAACACCCCAUUUAUAGCAGAUGUCUAUUCAAGCGCGAUCGCGGUCCAAGCAAACCUAGCGAUUCAUUUUUCAGCCCUUCUACUGCUCUCAUAUAAACCACGCUUAGUCAAAUUAUCAUCGAUCCCGCAUCGCUUAGCCUCAAGAAGCUGGCAUGCUCAGAAACUCGCCAAACUUGCUCUGUGGAAUAACUUUUCUGAUCAAUGGGACCCUGUCGUGGUUGCAACUGUUGUUCGUAUAGCGAGAGACAUGACAUAUCCAUCCCAGCAGGAAGCAUUACUCUCAUGUUUCCAGCGAAUUGGGGAUGCGACCAAGAUCCCUCUACAGAGCGAGAUUGCGGAUCUGCAGCAGUUUUGGUCUUCCUCUAGACAUAGCAGCGCACCGACAAACACGCACCCCUGACACUUUAUGAUAGCGGACCGGACAAGAUAGGGCCAUAAGAGUCGUAAUAAAUCAACUAUUUUCCGUUACUUCGUUGAUUCCAAUUCAUCCUUCCAUGGCAUAGACACUUGCGCUCCCCUUCGCACGACUGUCUUCGACGAUGCCCAAAUUCCUGACCUGACAGCCUUCUCAAUGUCGAACUGCUCCGACCGUUGCUCAGCGCCUGCAAGCUCAACUGCAUAAGCACCGAUGAAUGUGUCACCAGCAGCAGUCGUGUCCACAACUUCAACCUUGAGAGCAGGGAUGAGACCCUUUGUGCCUGUAUCGUUGGCAAAGUAUGCUCCUCUACCGCCCAGAGUAAUCACAACAUUCCUUACGCCUCGAGCAAGGAAACAAGCAGCGGCCUUUUCAACAACUGAGAUGUCUUCAAACUCGGACUCGUCCUUGUCUGACAACAAAGCCGCUUCGGUCUCGUUGAGGAUCAGAUGUGCUAGACCUUGGUAAAUCUCUGCUGGGAGUACUUGAGCAGGGGCAGGGUUGAGCAGAACAGGAGUUCCUGUCGUCUUGGCGGCUUUGAACGCCUGGAUGACUGUCUCCAGAGGGAUCUCAAGCUGCAUGAUAAGCAAUGACGGUGUUGGACCAGGCAUCUUAGAGAAGUGGCUCGGUUGUAGAGAAUUGUUGGCUCCUGGUGAUAAGAUGAUGCGGUUUUGACCGGUCGGUUCAUCAACAAUGAUCAUGGCAAUUCCACUCUGUGACUCGGCGCCUCCAUCUUUGUUCACAGUGAUAGAUUCCGUUCCAACAUCAUACGACUCGAGGCUGUCAAGGAGUACGGACCCAUAAGCAUCAGCUCCAAUGGCACCAAUCAUGGCAACAUCAACGCUUGGGUUCUUCAGAUCAGAAGUUCUAGAAAGCUUUGCACAAGCAACAGCUUGGUUGGCGCCCUUUCCACCGGGGAAGACAUUGAACCGGCUUGAAGUUAUUGUCUCACCAGGGAGGGGAUGAUGAGGGACAUAUGAUACAAGGUCGAUGUUCAGUGAUCCGAGGACACUGAUGACUGGUCUUGGUGACGCCAUGGCGUUUAUUUGGAGGAUAUGAAUAUGUGUAGAUAAUUAGAGACGGAGCAGGGAUCUUCUAGAAGACGAAAACCUUUAUACGGGCAGUGCAUGACCGCCGAGUGUUGGCGAUGGACUCCACUCGUUCUGGGCACGCUAUCCUGAAAAUGGGUGUGUUAUGCGAUGGCGGAUAGUCGACCAAGAAGCAUGUGAAUGGGGUCUAGUGGAAUCAUGCUUAUUAUUAUGAUAUGUUACCAG